UUGCAUUUUAUAUUUUCUUCGCUGUUUCUUCCUUGUUCAUUCAACUCCUCUCAGACACAUUCAUGACUCUGGCUCUGGCUCUUUCUCUGACUCACCCACUUCUGCUCAAACCUCAACGCCACGGUCUUGACCUUUAGCCUUUUGUUUCCUCAAGGACCCGACCCGACGCUUUGGGACCAAACACAGACUUUAGAGAGCCAAACCCAACACUUUGUUUAGAGCUAGAUACAGAGAAAGAGAGUCAAAGGAUCUCAUGCCCCCAAUUCUCAAAUGUUGUUAUGAAGAAAGGGUUCUUGAACUAUUUAAGAAUAGAUCUACAAUGGCAAAAGAUUUGUGACCAUAAUGGAUCCUCAGGCUUUUAUUAGAUUGUCUAUAGGCUCAUUGUGGCUGAGGAUACCUGGAGCAGCUUUGAACUCUGUGAAUUCUGGAAUUCAUGCAAUCUCUUCGCCAUGUUCAUGCGAAAUUCGUCUUCGAGGUUUUCCCGUGCAGACUACAUCAGUACCCUUAAUAACCUCUCCUGAAGUUACACAUGAUUCUCACAGCAUUGCCUCGAGCUUUUAUCUUGAAGAAUCUGAUCUGAACGCAUUGUUGGCACCUGGCUGUUUUUAUAGCAGUCAUUCGUGUUUGGAGAUUGCUGUUUUUUCAGGAAGGAAGGGGUCCCAUUGUGGUGUAGGCAUCAAGAGGCAGCAGAUUGGGACGUUUAAACUGGAGGUAGGUCCUGAAUGGGGUGAAGGGAGGCCAGUGAUUCUUUUUAAUGGUUGGAUUGGUAUUGGCAAAAGCAAGCAGGAAAGUGGAAGACCAGGAGCAGAGCUUCAUUUGAGAGUGAAACUGGACCCUGAUCCAAGAUACGUUUUCAAGUUUGAAGAUUUGACCAGAUUGAGUCCUCAAAUAGUUCAACUUCAAGGUUCCAUUAAGCAGCCUAUCUUCAGUUGCAAGUUUAGUCGAGAAAGGGUACCCCAGGUGGAUCCAUUGAGCACUUACUGGUCAGUUUCUGCUGAUGGUUCUGACCUAGAGAUGGAGAGAAGAGAAAGGAAGGGGUGGAAGGUGAAGAUACAUGAUCUCUCUGGCUCGGCUGUUGCCGCCGCCUUUAUUACAACUCCAUUUGUGCCAGCAACAGGUUGUGAUUGGGUGGCCAGGUCCAACCCAGGAGCUUGGUUAAUUGUUCGCCCUGAUAUUUGCAGGCCUGAGAGUUGGCAGCCAUGGGGAAAGCUUGAGGCAUGGCGUGAACGUGGCAUCAGAGAUUCUGUCUGCUGUCGAUUUCGCCUUCUUUCUGAUGGCCAAGAGGGAGGGGAGCUUCUCGUGUCUGAGAUUUUUAUCAAUGCUGAAAAGGGUGGGGAGUUUUUCAUAGACACUGACAGACAGAUGCGAGCAGCAGCAGCAAGUCCAAUACCAAGCCCGCAAAGCAGUGGAGACUUUGCAGCUUUGGCUUUAGCUGUUGGAGGUUUUGUCAUGAGCUGUAGAGUGCAAGGGGAAGGGAAGAGUAGCAAGCCAUUGGUACAACUGGCCAUGCGACAUGUAACAUGUGUGGAGGAUGCUGCCAUUUUCAUGGCACUUGCAGCAGCUGUUGAUCUCAGCAUUGAGGCAUGCAGGCCCUUCCGUAGGAAGAUCAAGAGAGGGUCUCACCAUUCUUUGUGAUGUAUGUAGAAAAUUGUGAUGAUUAAUUUCCACGAACACAAUACUUUUUCUAUGAUUGCUGGGAUAUUUGGCAUUGUACAGGAUUCCCUAAUUAGAUACUGACUUCCAAAAAUUGUUUGACUCAAGCAUAGUAUUUACAGAUUGCAAGAGAGCAAUCUGCCCAUGCAUCACUUGGGGCUUUUGUACA